GUAUCAGCUAUGAUUACAUUGCACAUCCACAGGGACUUGCACUACGUUGUUUAUUGGAGACAAUGCCACGACUAUAUAAGGACAGGGAGCGGCCGUUCCUUAACAUGAACUCUAGAGAUAUUCAAGCAUCAGAUCUACUAAUAACAAAUCCAGGGCAGAGCUUCAUCUUCCAUUAAUACUACAGUCUCACAGCAAACACACUCCUCAUCACCAUCACACCGCCAAAGUAACCAUGAAGUCCCUCUUCCUCACACUCGGUCUGCUUGGUCUUAGUGCAUCAGCUCUCGCAGAAAAGUGCGGCGAUGCCAACUACGACCCCAAGAGCUACAUCUGUCACAAUGGCAACUUCCUAUGCCCCGUUGUCAACGGCGAGGGCCUCUCGUAUUGCAACGGCGCCUGCUACUCCAAAUUCAUGUACCAGUGCAACUCGGGCACCCUGAGCCAGCUCCCACUCCUGGAGCAGGGCUCCAAGUUCACCCUGACGGCCUGGAACCCCGCCUCGCCCUCGGUGCACGGCAAGGCCAUCGCCAACUCGGGCCGCCACUGGUGGGUGGGCGGCGAGACGUCCAGCUACUGCCCCGACAUCGUCAAGGACCAGGGGGCCUGCCCGCCUGGCACCGUCACCGCCAUGGCCUACUCGGGCGGCAUGAACACCCUGGUCCCCGGCGGCCAGGGGUACUACCUCAACGCCAACUGGAACGUCGAGGUCACCCAGGCCCACUCGAGCUACAUCCCCUCGGGUAGCACCGUCGGUGGCCUCGUGGCGUACAAGAACGGAGGCUUCAUCAACACAAACGGCCAGCCGACCGGCUGGGUCGCCUGUCCCGGCGGCAGCGACGGGCGGUGGAACCUCGUCGCGGGGAAUGCUUCGUCUGCCGAUGCGCUCAAGAGCUGCACGGGGAUCAACCUCCAGGUCAACUACCUUGGUGACUCGAGCGUGCCGGCUUCGGCUUGGCAAUACAUUUAAAGAGUUUGGCUGUAAGAGAAGGUGAAUCUGGCUGUGUGGUUGUGGGACCUAAUGAUUGGCUGGGAACAGGAAAAAACCCCAUGGUGAUGUCAGGGCUUGGUGAUACAAACUCUCCUCAAAUUUAUAGCUUUUGGGAUAGAAUUAAUGAGAAACGUCUUACGGAA